AUGUUAAAUAUUUAUUUAUCUAUCUCAAAUAUUCAACAACCAUAUUGGCGUUAUGAAGAACGUUAUCUUCUUGAAAAAGGUUGGUGUUCAAUUAUUGAAUUUUUACAUCUUAUUGUUCUUGACGUGAAAGAUGCUCACUUUUAUUAUCUUGAACAUUUUCUUAAUGAAACAAAAACCCAUCUACCUUGUUUAACAGAAUUAAAAGUUAAUUAUGACAAACUGGAAGACGUCACAAAAAAUUUUCGAAAAGAUGAAAUGCGUCGUAAUUGUAGUCGAGUGCAACGAAUAAUUCUUGACCGUCCAAUAGUUUAUGCAGAACAUGUUUAUCGUUUUUUUCCUUCAUUAUUAUAA